AUGCCAAUCUCAAUCUUACCUCCGCGGGACGCCCACACGGACAAAUUCGCCGAGUUCUCACGGCCCGACGAACACUACGAGGGAGAGGAAGAAGAUGAAGACAUGGAGGGCGACAUCGCCAUGGACGAUUCAUCGACGAGAAAGAGAGGCGCCGGCGGAAGAAUGCCGAUUGUGACGCCCGGAGAGGUCGUCACGAGCGAUCCGCAGUGGAUGAGGGGGCAUGGGACCUAUCUGGCUGAGACGGAGGAGGGAGAGAUGGGGACGAGCAUUGUCGCGACGGUAGCGGGGAGCGUGACGAAGACGAAUAAGCUGUUGAGCGUCAAGCCGCUGAGGGCGCGGUAUACCCCGGAUAUUGGAGACUUGGUUGUGGGGCGGAUUAUGGAGGUGCAAUCCAAACGUUGGAAAGUCGACAUAAACAGCACGCAGACCGCGCAUCUCCUCCUGUCGUCGAUCAAUCUUCCAGGUGGUAUCCUCCGGAAACGUACAUCCACAGACGAGCUCCAGAUCCGAACCUUCUUCUCCGAGGGCGACCUCCUCGUCGCGGAAGUCCAGUCGCUGUUCCAGGACGGCGCUGCGUCGCUUCAUACCCGCUCUCUCAAGUACGGAAAGCUCCGUAACGGGCACUUCAUCAAGGUCGACCCGAAGGGCAUCCAGCGGUCCAAAUCGCACAUCCUCACGCUGACUACGGCCAACGGCGGUGGUGAGGUGGAUGUGAUCCUGGGUAUCAAUGGGUAUGUGUGGAUCUCCAAGAGGGUGACGGGUGCAGACGGGAAGAAGGAUGGGAAGGAGGUUAGUAUCACGAGGUUGGAGGAGGAGGCGUCGGAGGCGAUUUAUUCCUCAGUCAAUGAGUUUAUCUCUCCGGCUACGAGGAGGGAGAUUUCGAGGGUGGGCAAUUGUGUUACGGCGCUCGUGAGGCAUAAUGUUAGGGUCGAUGAGGAGAUCUUGAAUGCUGUUUAUGAGGCAGCGGUAGAAGAGAGCGUGCAGAUGGAGGAGGAGAGCUUGGAGGGUGAGGGUGGGAAAAGGUGUGUGGAGAAGGCGCUGGUCACUUGCAUGCGGGCCUGA